GUGUUGGGUUUCUUAAGUUGCAACGGGAAACCGAAUGGAAACGCAGAACAAACGCUCCUGGUGGCCAGGCUCCCUCUGCUGGAGAGUGUGUGGCUCGUGGCUGCUGGCCUCACCUUGGAGCAGGGCGCGGCCCUUCAGUUUGCAGGGGGAGAGACGGCCCGGAGGGCGGGGCUGAGCUGCACUGAGUUAGGAGGGGCGCUGCAACCCACCUCCAGCCCCGUCCCGCCCCAGGGCCCCUGGAUGGACCCUCCUGCUUGUCAGUGUCCCGGGGGAGGAGAGGCCAGGCCCGUCCGAGCAGGAGCCGGAUGGAAGGAGCACGGCCUGGACUUCGAGAGACUCCUGGAUGCCAGCGCCUACAAGGAGACCUUCCGGCGGGACAUGAUCCGCUGGGGCGAGGAGAGGCGCCAGGCCGACCCCGGCUUCUUCUGCAGGAAGGCGGUGGAGGGCGUCUCCCAGCCCGUCUGGCUGGUGAGUGACACACGGAGGCCGUCGGACGUCCAGUGGUUCCGGGAGGCCUACGGGGCCCUGACGCACACGGUCCGCGUGGUGGCCUCCGAGCAGAGCCGCCGGCAGCGGGGCUGGGUGUUCAUCCCAGGGGUGGACGACGCGGAGUCGGAGUGUGGCCUGGACCACAUGGAGGGCUUCGACUGGGUCGUGGAGAACCACGGGGACGCGGGGUCCCUGGAGGAGCAGCUGCGGCGCCUGGUGGACUUCGUCCGCUCCAGACUGUAGCGCGGCCUCCGGGUGCCCCUGCCGUGCUCGUGGGGAGAGGCAGGGGGCCCGGGGCCCGUUUCUGGGGGGCUGGCAGGUGCCACGUAAGUCAAGACACCCCUGGGGGCCCCAUUUCUUUGUGGAGGGGACAGCCCUGCCUCUAGGGCGGAGCCUGGCUGUGCUAGAGCCGGGUCCUGGGUGCAGGCCGGCGAGCCUGCUCCCCCGUGGGGACGCGCUCAGCCCCGCGUUCGGGCAGCAGCCCGGGCUCCCCACUGUGGGUCCUAAUAAACCACCUCGGAGCACAGUC